UAGAUUAGAAAUGGAGGAUUUUCCCCUCAAAAAUCCAAUCAUGAGGGCACAGGCGCUACUAAAUUCGUGAUUUUUCUUUUUCUUUUGUGUGUUCUUCAUCUUUGCUUAAGAUAGUUCAAAGGAAGCGGAAAUGGCUCUCAAGAAUGCCAGAGAUCACUGGGCAUUUCUGGAAGAAAUUGAAGCACCAAUGUGGGUAGAUCUUACCUUAGAAGCAAUGUCUAAUUACCAAGACAUUAAUGAUGGGUGGUUUCACACUAGCCAUGUGUUCCACCAAUGUUCUUCUCAUCAGUUAAAAGCAGCAUUUGCUCAUUCUGGUGAGGGUAGUAUAUCCUCAGACAUUGAUAUGAAGCAGCCAUCUUCACCUAAGCUUCCACACUCAGUUUCAAGAUCCAGGGGCAAGCACUAUGCAAGCAACAAAUGUGGUGGAAAUGGUCGCAAUCUUGCAUUGAAUAAGCAGCAUCCAGUUAAGGUUUUAAGUGGGAAAUCUUCAUGGGUGAAUUCAGGAUCUGGUGAGGAAAUAAAACCAAAACUCAGCUUUAUAAAUUCUAUAAAAACUUCAAGGUCAAAAAAAAAUUUUGUUCUUAAGAGGGAAUUAACCAAUAAUGUAAAAGAAAAUGGUUUGAAAGCUGUAUCCAAUCAUGGAGACUGUGAAGGUAGUUCAAGUUCUGUGGUGGAUAAGGCAGGUGUAAGCAAUACAAGUACCAUUACUUCGGAGGGUGGUGAGAAACCACAACAAAGAAACAUGGAGGUAUCAAAUCUAGCUUUUGGAUAUUCAAGUGGACUUUUAUCAGCCAUGAGGGUUAGCCUUAGGAAAAGCUGUGUUACAAGACAAGCAUCAAGGGUUUAUUUUAAUAAUAAUAGGAGGCAAUCAAGAGGUUGCCUUUCUCUGUCUGGAAAAUCUAGCGUUGGAUCUUCUUCAAACCCUAGUUUUGAUGUUAAUAGUCCUACAUUUGCACUGAUGCAGCACAGAGAGGGCACCCCAGAUAGCAGAAAUGCAGCAAAUAUGACUAGAGCAACAAAGAACAAAGUAAAAGAUUCUAAUGUGUUUACGGCUUCUAAUGUUCAUGUUAAAGGGGGAAAUUGUAAUGCUAGAAAGGGAAGAACAUUCUCAAAGUCAGCCCACCGAGAAGUUGCAAAGUCAAAGGUCCAAAAUCAGACCAGACAUGUGAAAGCUUUGCUACCACAUAGGGUUAAUGAACCAGGUUUAUUAUCUGGUGCUGCAAAGGCCAAGGAGAAAGUUACAAUGGGUGGGCACAACAGAUUGUUGGCUAGUGGAAAUGAGAAUGCAAAAGGAAGAGUGCCCAUGAGCCAGAAAUGCAGUCGUGGAGACAUUGCUACUGGAAUCAUGGAUAGGGUUCAGAAAGAGGGUAAACAAAGUGUACCACAAAAGUGUGAUAGAACAAGAUUGGUUGGCCCAAAGAUUCAUUAACGUUUAAGGUGUGAAGUUUUGAAGCGGGACUUUUCUGUUCGUCUCCCAAUCCCUCCUGCCACAACUCCCUCGACAACUGUUAGAAUAAAAUUUUUUAUUCAGUACCUCUUGGCCUUUAUCUGAAAGAAUGUUGAUUGUUGGUCUACUUUUGUUUUCAUAAAUCUCAUUCAGCAAAGUGUACAUUUUUUUUCGAAGCAGAAUUUCUUAUUCACCUCUUUUAUGACUUAUAUUUCAUGUAUAUGGUCACACUCUUUAACAAUCUCCACUCAUAACACACAUCUGUCAUUCGAGUAUUUUCUGCAUGGAGAUUGCAUUGGAAAUGGAUAACUACCAAUAGAACUCAAUAUCUCGUGAUGAUUUUACAAUUGGAUUGACAAAUUGAUUUCCAUUAAUAAACUUGAUUGAACUUCUUAUACUUUUUUUUUCCUACAGUUUCACACAAAUUCUGGUUUUCCCUU